GUAAAUUCAGGGAUUUCUGGGUAAUCAUCAUAGCCAAAGAAAUUGUAGGCGAAAAGAAAUUGAAGCGCAGUAAAAGUCGAGAAAUGGCUUCCUUUGCUUACGAAGCAGCCACAUGGGCACAACAAUUUAACCGUACCAGUGAUUCAGAAAAUAAAAGACCUGAAUGGGAACAUGCAAGGAAAGCCUUAGAGGCAAUGGGAGCCUCAAAUACUAGUCCACUUAAAAGUAAUAAAAGCCGACCUGAUGAUCCAAUCAAAGCAUCCAUAAAUAACAUUGCUCAACCACCACCUCCUCCACCCCCUCCUCAAGAAAUGGACAAUCGAACACCAAAUUUUUUCAACAAUCAACCCUUUCCAAGAAUGUUCCCACCACGUCAGCAAUACCCUUAUCCAUAUGGAAAUGGUUUUAGAAAUGGACCAUAUGGACAGAACAAUCAAGAGAAUAAUUUCAAUAAUGACUUUCAAGUUCAGCAGUGUCCUCCAGUGAUGCAGAGGUAUCCUAACCAAGGAAAUAAUAUGCAGUUCAAUAACAAUCAACAGAGAAAACAAGCCCCAGGUACAGGUGGUAUCAGAUUUCAAAUACCUAAAAAGAACCAAGUUGCUCCAGUAAAUACGAUAGCACAGGCACCAAUUGGACGACAACAGAAGCAUUUUACAGCCCCUAAUUAUCAAAGUAGACCCCAACCUUUCAAACCAAAUUCAACAGAUACUGUACAAGCUGCAGCAAACUCAAAUGAAACAAAAUCUAGUGAUGGUGGUAUGUUUGGCUGUGCUGCAGGAGAAUGGCCCCCAGCAUUAAAGCUUUAUGUUCAAAAAGCAUUCGCCACUUUCUCUCAUGAAAGUCAGAAAGAUCAGAUAGAAUCAAUCUUAAAGGACAGGUUGACUCAAGCAUUCAAUUCUGGUGAUGUAUGGAAAAUAGAUUGGGCCAAUGAGCCAAUGCCAAGUAUUGGUAAUAACAAAGUUAUGCGAAAGAGUAGAUGGGGUGAAGGAGCAGCUGUUAACAAACCAAUGAGAGGUCAUGGAAGGGGUAACAAUAGAGGAAUGAAUAAAAGUAUAUACAGUGGUGAUCGUGUUCCAACAUAUAGACAUUCCCGUUCUAGAUCCUUCAGUUCUUCUAGCAGAUCAAGAUCACGUUCUUCAUCACGCUCCAGAUCUAGAUCAAGAUCACCAUACAGGAGGAGAUCACCAAGGAAAUUAAAUAAACGCAGAAGUCCUAGUAUAGAUGGUGAUAAGGAUGUCCAGUCGUCAAAGAAACAGAGAUUUAUGAAACAGACAGGAGGGAAAGGAGCCAGAGGUCGAGGGGCUGGUCCUCAAGAUAGAAAUGUAAAAAAGAAUAUGCAUGUAAAAAGUGGUUUAAAAGGAAUGAAUUUCCAUGAUCCAGAGAAAGCUUUUAGGAUGCAAAAACGGGCUGCACGAUUUGGAAAUCAAUUAGAAAAUGGCAGUAAAAAGCCUAAGCAAAGAAUAACUAUGGGUUUAAAUACUUUUAUUAAUUCGGAUAGUAAUGAUGCUGAUUUGUGUAGUUUUGAUGUUGUUGGAACAUGUCAAGACCUUGAAAAACAAUAUUUACGAUUAACGAGUGCACCUGAUUCUAAAACCAUCCGCCCAGUAGAAAUAUUAAGAAAAUCCCUAAUAAUGGUUCAAAAUAGAUGGAAGGAAACUCACAAUUACCAUUUUGCCUGUGAACAACUUAAAUCAAUUAGACAAGAUUUAACAGUCCAAGGUGUAAGAGAUGCAUUUACAGUAAAAGUAUAUGAAACACAUGCUAGAAUUGCUAUGGAAAAGGCUGAUCAUGAGGAAUUUAACCAAUGUCAGACACAGCUCAAAUUAUUAUAUCAAGAAGGAAUAGAGGGCAAUAAAGUAGAAUUUACAGCAUAUAGAAUAUUAUAUUAUAUAUUUACAUCUAAUUCUUUAGAUAUGACAACAGCAUUAUCGUUGUUGUCAGCCUCAGAUCAUGAAGAUGAGUGUAUCAAGCAUGCUUUGAAAGUCAGAUCUUCCUGGGCGUGUAACAAUUAUCACAAUUUCUUUAAACUCUAUCUCAGUGCACCUAAGAUGUCAGCAUAUUUAAUGGAUUGGUUUGUAGAACGGGUGCGAAAAACAGCAAUUAAGGCAAUAGUAAAAUCGUAUCGACCACUAAUAUCAUUAGAUUUUGUCAAGAGGGAGUUAGGAUUCUCGGAUAUGGACCAAUGUAUUGAGUUUCUGCAAGAGAAAGGUGCCACUUUCAAUGCUGAUAAAUCUAAAUUAGACUGUAAAUCAUGCAAUGCUGCUAUUCAAGCGCUGUGAUGUAGCAGUUAAUUUGAUCGUCGUAGAAUGCAAGCAUUUGUGUAUUAAAGCGUGAUAAGUUUUUAGGAAGGUCAUUAUAAUGUCUGGUUCAGAGGUUGUCAGAUUGCGUGUUUGUUUCUACAAAGCGUAUGAGUUCAGUAAUUGUUGACAAAGAUGACAGAUGAAGAAGACAGGUUAUCUCGAAGCGUAUAUUUGAUCCUCAUUUUGCGCAUUAUUAAACGUAAGUGUUCCAGUACCAUCAAGUCUGAGGAGUGAUGAAAUAAGGGAGAAGAUGGAAGAAUAGAUAGGGUAAUAGAUGUUGACCAUACUGCGCAUUAUUAAACGUAAGUGUUCCAGUACCAGUAAGUCUGAGGAGUGAUGAAAUAAAGAGAGAAGAUGGAAGAAUACAUAGGGUCAUUAGGGUAAUAGAUGUUGAGCAUACUGUCAUCAGUCCACGCUGUUAUGAAGUACCACCAGGUUUGCCAUUAUAAAUCACGAUGUUAAUAUGUAAGUUAGUAUUCUCAAAUAGGUGAGGCAAGAAUAUCAACAUCAUGAGAUAUAAGAUUAAGCAGAUGAAAAAAUGACAAAUGAGCAAGUUAUCCCGUGAUCAAUUUUAGUACCAAACCAGUCUCUAUUCCCAUCAUUACAGAGCGAGUGAGAUGUAAUUAUUGAAGGUUUCCAGUUUGCUUUUCAUUUGUCUUUUUCAUUGUAUGUUCCUAUCCAAUUUUGACGACGAGGGGAAUCCUAUCUACAAUUUUCUGCUUCUAUUAUAGUCUUUUGUCUGGGAUGCUGAUGAUGUAAUCAUUGCCGAUUAAAAUUUUGAUUCUAGUCAUUCUUUUGGAUCAUGACGACCAAUGAUUUUGUCUUCAACCCUAGAUUUAAAAGUAAGCCUAAGAUUUAAGCUGCUAUUCUUAUACCAGAUCAUAGAGUAUUUUGGUCAUCUUUCUUCAUGAUGUCUAGAUGAAUUCCUAAGAGUAAGAAUUAGUCCAGUAAUACCCUGAUGCCAUGAGCCUUUAAAUACAAUGCAAAUUUGAAGUCGAAUUUCCUUAUUUACUCGAGAUAUAAUUAUUCAUUCAUAUUGUAAGCCCAGAUGUUAAUGCCAGGUGUCCAAGUUUAAGCUUUCCAAGUUCCAGUAUUAACAUAUUUGCAAGCUGUAGAUAAUCCAUUGGUCUACAUACAGUAGCAAGCUCCAAUUCAAGUUGGCUUCUGUCAAUUUUCUGACUGGGGUCAAAAUAAUUUAUCAGAAGAAACCACCUUAUUGAGGUCCAAAUUCUCACCCAUUUCAAUAGAUGUGAAGAUACCACCUUUUCUGUCCCAACCUUUCACGAUUGAUCCAGAUUCUUAUCCGAAAUCAUAUUCCAGAAGAAAGAAGUCACUGUGUUAAUGAACUUUUUUUCAAUCAUAGAGAAGUAAAUUUUACGUUGCAGAUAAGAACUGAAUUUAAAAUAAUAUCGCAGGAAUAAACUGUUAUUGUGUAAUGGUGUGUGUUGUAAAGAAUUUAGACUGAACUUGUUCUACUUCUGUAGUUGUCUGUGUGGAGUGUUUGUUGACUCAUCAAAACUUGUUAUAAAGUGCUGUGAUGAAUACCAUAAAGACUUGUGCAUAUAGAUGUGUAUAUAGUGAUGAUCCUGUGCUGUUUUCACAUAUCAGACACUCCUAAUCUUUUCUUUUUCAGGUCCACUAAUAGAAUUUAUUUUUCAGAGAAUGGUUAAAGAGAGAUGUUAUGAGAUGGUAUUUAAAUUACAUUGACUACAGCAAGCUGAUAUUUUUUAAAAAAUUGUAUCUCUCUUAAAAGUUUCUAUACAAUAUUCUCUGAAAAAUUUAGAAUAUGAAAUUAAUUAAAUUUAACUAAAAUUUUAGCAAAUAUUUCUGAAAGUAUGUACAUUACAAUUAGCUUAAAAAUUAAUUUUCUUUUUGGAGAUGCUUGAUUGAUUAAUUUCCCAAAAUCUGACGAUAUAAAAUACCCAUGACCCCUUUAUGUAAUAACAUGUACCAUUUUUCUUUACUUUUUUUUUUUUUAACUACAAAAUGGGAAUAAUUAUACAAAAAUCAAACAGACAUCCCCUCAAAGAAAUUGUUAGAAAUGAUUUGCUCAGUUUGGACCAUAAUUCUAAUUGAUACAUACAGUAAAUUUUCUUUUAGUACAUUGUACUAUUUUGUACUUUCAUGUCUAUAAAUUACAUAUUUUAAAGCUUCUCUAAUAAAUAUACAUUUCCUGCCCCUUAAAAUUUCCAUAAAUAUGAGGAUAUAAAAUACCCAUGACCCCUUUAUGUAAUAACAUGUACCAUUUUUCUUUUUUUUUUUUUUUUUUACUAAUUGCAAAAGGGGAAUAAUUAUAGAAAAUCAAACAGACAUCCCCUCAAAGAAAUUGUUAGAAAUGAUUUGCUCAGUUUGAAACAUAAUUCUACUUAAUACAUACAGUUAAUUUUCUUUUAGUACAUUGUACUAUUUUGUACUUUCAUGUCAAUAAAUUAAAUGGUUUAAAGCUUCCCUACGAAAUUUAGAUUUCCUGCCCCUUAAAAUACAUAAAAUAAGUUAUAGGUACAUAUUCUUCAUUAAUAAGAGUUGGUAUGUCUUAAUAGUUUUUUUUUAAAGAUUAAUCACUAAUGUUUAACCAUUCAUUCAUUUCCAUUUUCCAAAAUUCUAUCUUGAACUUGAAAUUUCACAAAUUGCAAGGUUAUGCAACGUUUACCUGUAGGUAUAUGAUUUUACUAAUAUGAUCUAUUAGUAAUUUUAUAUAUUUAUCUGUAUACAUGUUUUAGGGGUUGCAUAAUUAAUUGCACUGAUAAACUGGGUGGUGGUAUAUGGUUCUUUUCAGUCGAAUAGGGUAAGGUUUAUUGAAUAGAGCUAUUUCCGUAAUGGGUUAGUAAUACGGUAUUCAUGCCUAGUGGUUGAUAACUAUUUUGAACAUUUGGAGAGAUUACAAUGCAGUCAUUGUAAUUAAAACAAAAAAACAAAAAACAAAAAACCUCCACAAACCCAUCCGUUUUUCAAACUAAAUUAUAUAUAUUAUGCUUUAUACAUAACUCUAUACAUACAUCAUGUUUCUUAAACGUUUAAUAUAGAAUGUAUAAAUAGAUUUAUAGAAGAAAGGUAAAAAAAAAAAAAAAAAGUAAUCUAUUAAUAAAAAUUAAAAAGA